GUAGAAUUUAUUUGGAGCAAGCACUUCGUACGAAAAUAUUUUCAUACCCAAAAUUUGAAUCAAAGACCUCUUCUGGUACAUUUUUAUAUCAAGGGAUUUGAAAAGUUGAUUCCCUAAAAGGGGCUAAAAUGAGUGAGUAGGCGAAUCAUAAUUUUUGGCUGACAAGUGACAAGGAUAACUGGAGGUCGUUUGGGCCAUCCAACAGACACAAUUGGCCAGCUGACAAAGCAAUAUAGCCAUUUUAAUUUCCACAAAGCAACUCUGUUUUCUCCGCUGCUAACAACUGCUUCAAUUCUUCCGAAAAUUAGGGUUUCUUGUCUGAAAUUCCCAAGUUUCACCUCCUACUUUCCCUUUGGGUUGUUGAAAUCUAACGCCUCAUGUAACUGUAUUCCCUCUCAAUUUUGAAAUUCACCGUCUCAACAACUUUGUCAGAUCAAUCCCUCUGUUUUUGCUACUGUCCUUUAAAGCCUCCUCAAUAAAUGGCUCUUCAUGCUACUGCUUUCUCCUUCACUGGAGUUUCCACUUCAAAUCAAACUUACAGAAACUCUCUGCCUUCAGUUUUUCCUGCUCCUAGAAGAUGCACUGUGAAAGCAGCAGCAGCACCUUUCCCUUCCCAGUAUCCGCCCAUCUUAUCUCGAUGCAAAAUUCAAGGAAGAGCAUUGCCAAGUGAUGAUGGGCCACUGAAGAAGGAUGAAUCUUCCCUUGUUGUUUGCUUCGGCGAAAUGCUAAUUGAUUUUGUUCCGACCACAAGCGGACUGUCAUUGGCGGAGGCUCCAGCAUUUAAAAAGGCUCCUGGUGGUGCACCAGCUAAUGUUGCUGUUGGUAUUUCCCGUCUUGGUGGUUCAUCAGCUUUCAUUGGGAAGGUUGGUGAAGAUGAAUUUGGUUACAUGCUUGCUGAUAUUUUGAAGGAGAACAAUGUCAACAGUGAUGGUAUGCGCUUUGAUCCAGGUGCUCGUACUGCUUUAGCAUUUGUAACACUGCGAAAGGAUGGAGAACGUGAAUUUAUGUUCUAUCGUAACCCAAGUGCUGAUAUGUUGCUUCAAGAGGGUGAACUUGAUUUAGAGUUGAUCAAGAAGGCAAAAGUUUUCCAUUACGGUUCCAUAAGUUUGAUUACAGAGCCAUGCAAAUCAGCCCAUAUUGCAGCUGCAAGAGCUGCGAAGGAUGCUGGUGUGAUCUUAUCCUAUGAUCCCAAUUUGAGGCUUCCAUUGUGGCCAUCUGCAGAAAGUGCUAGAGAAGGAAUCCUUAGCAUAUGGGAUACUGCUGACAUAAUUAAGAUAAGUGAAGAAGAGAUUUCGUUUUUGACACAAGGAGAAGAUCCUUAUGAUGAUAAUGUAGUUCGGAAGUUGUACCAUCCAAACCUCAAGUUACUCCUCGUCACAGAGGGUCCAGAAGGUUGCCGAUAUUACACCAAGGAUUUCAGUGGACGAGUUAAGGGUAUAAAGGUGGACGCUGUGGACACCACCGGUGCUGGAGAUGCUUUCGUAGCUGGAAUAUUGUCACAACUAGCAUCUGAUGUCUCCCUGCUUCAGGAUGAGAGCAAACUCCGAGAUGCCCUUAGUUUUGCUAAUGCUUGCGGUGCAUUGACUGUGAUGGAGAGAGGAGCAAUUCCAGCUUUGCCAACAAGAGAAGUAGUGUUGAACACCUUGGUCAAGUCAGUUGCAUAAUAUCAUCCGAUCUAUUAAUCAGCUGUCAAUUAAAUGGGCUUGCAAAGUUUUUCCAUGUUUUCGCUGGCAUAAAUUAUUGUAUGGAAAAUGAAUACCAUUUAUGAGUCAAUCUAGAAGAAGAUUGUUGGCAUAAACCUGAAUGCAGCUCCAAAUAAUCGGUAAUAAUUUCCGAUAAAUAUGUGGAAGUUCAUAACUGAAUUAUUAACCACGUGUAUUUAUUCAAGAUCAAUGUUAAAUUCUUGAGGCUAA